CUGACCGCCGCCUCGGGGCUCCAGUGCUGUGCCGUGCGGCUAUCCACGAUCCACGAUCCACGAUCCACCGCUGGAUCGAUCGCUGCUCAGGGAAAGGCUGCCCAAUGGAGAGCUUCUUCGAGGACAGGGAGGUGUUCGUGACGGGCGGGUCGGGGGUGGUGGGCAAGGCGCUGAUCGAGAAGCUGCUGCGCUCCUGCAACGUGAAGCGCAUCUACGUGCUCCUGCGGCCGCGCAGGCAGCUCUCGGCGGAGCAGCGGCUCCUGCGCCUGCGCCAGGCCACCGUCUUCCACGUGCUCGUCGCCGAGAAGCCGCAGGAGCUGGACAAGGUGGUGGCGGUGCCGGGGGACGUCUCCCUGCCGGGCCUGGGCAUCGACCCGGCGCAGGUGGAGCGCCUGCGGGGCGUCUCCCUGGUCUACCACUGCGCGGCCACCGUCCGCUUCGACGAGCCGCUCCGCGUGGCCCUCCGGCUGAACGUCGGCGGCACCCUGGAGGCGCUCAGGUUCGCCGAGGGGCUGCCCCUCCUGGAGGCCUUCGUCCACGUGUCCACCUUCUACAGCAACCCAUACUUGACGCGGGUGGAGCCAAAGUACUACUCCUCGCCGAUGGACUGGCGCCUCUGCCUCCGACUGCUGGACGAGGUCCCGGAGGACGGGCUGCUCGACGCCCUCACAAGGAAGCUGAUCGUGGGCUUCCCCAACACGUACACCUUCACCAAGAACCUGGCCGAGUCCCUGGUGAACGACUACCGCCACCGCCUGCCGCUGGUGGUGUACCGCCCCUCCAUAGUUCUCUUCGCGGUGGACGACCCCUCGCCCGGAUUCUCGCCCUCGCUGAUGGGCGCCAUGGGACUGUUCGCCCUGGUGGGCGCCGGCAUCCUGAAGACCGUCUACCUGGGCAGGGACAUCCGGCUGGACAUCACGCCGCAGGACAUCGGCAUCAAGAGCAUGCUGUGGUACACGAAGCGCGGCGCGGAGCUCUACCGCCAGGGGCCUCCGGCGGAGCUGCCGGUCUUCCUGUCCUCGUCCUGCACCCACGUGCCGCACACCUUCACCCAGAUCGCCGAGCAGAUGGACUCGCUGGACCUCUGGCGGCACUCGGCCUUCGGCAAGAACCUGAUGAUCCCCGGCUGCCACUACACGGACCGCCGCUGGGUCUACCAGUCGCUCGUCUUCGCUAAGCAGAUCCUGCCCGCCAUGGCCGUCGACCUGCUGCUCCGCGCCUGCGGCCAGCGGCCCCUGCUGAUGGGCGCCGUGCGGAAGGCCUACCAGACGCUCGAGGUGAUGCAGCCCUUCAUGUUCAACAACUACGACAGUCCCGGGGUCACCGACUACGAGCUCCUCACCGCGGAGAACCAGGGCACCGCCUUCGAUCUGGCCGCCUUCAGGCACCCGGAUAUCCACGGCCUGGUGAUCCAGUCCUGCGGCGAAAUGCUCCUCAGCAUCCGCACCCACCUGCUCCGCGAGGACCCGGCGACCCUCGGGCGCAGCAAGAUCAUCCUGCGAACGAAGGUCUUCCUCUACCGGCUGCUCCGCCUCUUCCUGCUCUACAAGCUGCUCCGCUGGCUGUGGUCGCGCUACGGGGCCUCCCUUUCGUUUUAAGCUUUUUUUUGGUAGCCUAAGUGGAGCUGGGUUUUGGCUCAGCUCAAUAUACUACAGAACCUCCCUAUUCA